AUGGACUACACCUUUCCCAAACCACCACGCUCGUUAGCCGGCAAGGUGGCCAUCAUCACGGGCGCGGGCGCCCACGGCGACGGGAUCGGCAACGGCCGUGCGUCGGCGAUCCUGCUCGCGGACGAAGGGUGCCGGGUGGUCUGCGUGGACCGCGACGUGGCGCUGGCGCAGCGGACGGUCGAGAUGAUCGCGGCCGAGGGCCACGAGGGCGCCGCGGUGGCCGUGCAGGCCGACGUGACGGACGAGGCGCAGUGCCAGGGCGUCGUGCAGCGCGCGCUCGACACGUUCGGCCGGCUGGACAUCCUGUUCAACUGCGUGGGCAUCGGCGGGGCCGCGGGCACGGCGGUCGAGGUGGACAUGGCGGCCUGGGCCAAGUCGAUGGAGGUCAACGUCGGCAGCAUGGUCAUGAUGGCCAAGUACGCCAUCCCGGCGAUGGCCCGCAACGACGACGCCUGGGGCUACCGCGGCAGCAUCAUCAACAUGGGCAGCGUCGCCGGCCUGCGCGGUGGGACGCCACACCUGCUUUAUCCCACCAGCAAGGGGGCCGUCGUCAACAUGACCCGGGCCAUGGCCGCCCACCACGCCCCCCAGGGCAUCCGCGUCAACUGCGUCUGCCCCGGCAUGGUCUAUACCCCGAUGAUGUACGCCGGCGGCAUGACCGACGAGGCCCGCGAGGCCCGCAAGAACCGCAGCCUGCUCAAGACCGAGGGCAACGGCUGGGACGUCGGCUGUGCCGUCCGCUUCCUGGCAGGGCCCGAGGCCAGAUGGAUCACGGGCUUGAUAUUGCCCAUCGACGCAGGCGCCACGGCCGCGGUGGGCACAGACAUUCCCCGGUCGGCCAGUGUCAACGGUUGAAAACCAAAGGGCAAGGCAAAAGCAAUGUUGGUUUCCGACGACAGUGCUCGGUCUGGGAUGGAGUGACGAGUUCCCUCAAAGAGGGCGGAAGAGCGAUCGAAGAGCUGGUCAAAAAGCCCGAAAAUUCUCUGUUCCUUUUCUUGCAUCUAGAAUGCGUGUUCCUACCUAGCUACACAUUCCGACGCUGUGCUGUCGCAGGCCGAUUGAUCCUGGCACUGGCCCAUUAUUUUCCAUAUCCUUGAUUUACGCCCUCAGACAUUCCAACGCUGAAAACGAUCAAAAACAAUCACAGGAAAGUCGUUACGGGGCAAAUUGCUUUCGUCACAUGCCAGCUUCCAUUCGCCUCUUCUGGUGUGCUCUCCCCAUCUCCCUCGACCUCUCCCUCUUUCGGUCCGUCUUCCUCUUCUUGUCUCGCGCUGCCUUUUCCGG